UCCUGUGGCACUAAACAGACUGACUUUAAGCCAAGUAGCUCCGAGUCUGGAUGUCUGCACGCUGAGCUGCGGUAAAGAAAUGGUUAAUCAAGGAUGCAAAAACAGAGACACCGUGAAGGAAGGAGAAACCGGGGAAACAGACGAGCUGUAGACAGAGCAGCGCCACAUCCUGGACCAUAUCCCCGGGUGAUGUGUUUGAUCCGCUGGCCUGUGUGCUGAGGGAGACACCGCCGAGCUUAAUCUGAAGACCUGCAUCGUAUUAUCACAGAUAGAAAAUUCUGCGUGAAAGCAAGAAGAAAGAUGGUGACCGUGGAAACCCCAGAGGCUCCUGUACCUCUGACAGCGAUGUCACGCUGGUACCUCUACGCCAUCCACGGCUACUUCUGCGAGGUGAUGUUCACAGCCGCCUGGGAGUUUGUGGUGAACUGCAACUGGAAGUUCCCCGGCGUGACCAGCGUGUGGGCGUUCUUCAUCUACGGCACCUGCAUCCUCAUCGUGGAGCGGAUGUACCUGAAGCUGCGCGGCCACUGCCCCGUGCUGCUGCGCUGUGUCAUCUACACUUUGUGGACGUACCUGUGGGAGUUUGGCACGGGGCUGCUGCUGCGCCAGUUCAACGCCUGCCCCUGGGACUACUCCGAGUUCCGCUACAACUUCAUGGGACUGAUCACAGCCGAGUACGCCGUGCCAUGGUUCUGCGCCAGCUUUACCGUGGAGCGCUUUGUUAUCCGCAAAACGCUUCGGCUGCGAUUCCACAAGGGGCCCGAGGACGGUUGGUCAAACAAUGAGUUAGAUGCCGGGGCAGGAGGAACCGUGGGGGGUGGGAGAAGGAGAGAGGGUGGCAGAGGGAUGGCAAAUGAUGCUAAUGGCUACCUUAAAGGAGAAUGAAUGAAAGGUAAAUCUGAAACCAGCCCAAUUGCCUUGCUACACCUCCUCUACCCUUCUCAGCCACUUUUAGUAAGCAGUCCUCUCCCAUUAACUGUCUGGGGUGAAGACAAACGGACAGCAAUGUGCACUGGGUUGGUGUGCAGAGGUGUACAGAGUACCAGAAUAGAAAACAAAACCUAACUGAGGUUUUAAAUGCCCAAAUCACUAACUUGCGUUCUCUACUGUCAACAGUAACUCCAUGUUGCUGUGUUUGCUGCAUCUCAUAACACACCCACUGAUUUUAAUGUGGGGUUGGCCUUGAGUAGAUCAAGGUCUUGAAUGUCCAGGAUUACACUUUUGGGAGGUGGUGGGGGUAACUGUUGCAAAGAUUAGUGUUAUCAUCCUGCGAAGGAACAAAUUCAAGAACUAGAAGAAUACAUUUUUCUGUUUUUCAGGGCACAUCAGUCCAUCUGAAAGCAGAAAGCUUGCUGAAUAGUAAUCAUAAAAAGUAGCUACAGUUGUAACACAUUCUUUUUAAAAUGUACAUAUUCUCCUUUAGUAUUAAUCAAAGUACUGUAGUAGUGUAGCUACACAAAUCUCUUUGAAAACAUACCCUUCACCCUGAGGCUCCGUGUGUUGGUGUACAUUCUGAAGAAUGUUUUUGGUGAAUACCCACAAUGUCUGGCAAAAAGAUGCAUGAAAAUAAUGGUCUUCCAAUAUAAUAUACUGUACAUUUCUACAAAGGUCAUUCAGCAGUCGUACUGUAGGUCAGUCUGCUGCUCGUGUGUGGUUGACCAGUUAUAAUGGUUGACUCCUGGUUGUCUCCUCCUGACUGCAUGGUGUCCUUGAACAAGACAAAACCCCAGACUGCUGGUGCUGAGCAGGUUCACAGCAUUGCAUGGCAGCUUCUCUGCAGUUUGUGUGUGUGUGUGUGUGUGUGUGUGUUUGGAUGGGGCCGGCGGGCUGGUGUGUGUGUAGGCUAAUGUGAGAUGUUUAAAGGCACUAAAUAAAUGCAGUCCAUUUGAGAUACCAGCGAGAGCGCUGUUCUGUUAAUGGCAAUGAUUGAGUCAUGAGCAGCGGCAUAAAACACCAAACCUCUUGAUAAUCUUUUCCAUUUUCCUAAAAACGUUCCAUGUCUGGAUGUCCAUUUUGUGUGCUUUAAUGUCAUCUCAGAUCUGCUGGGGUCACAUAAGCCUCAUUCUAAUUCUCAAUCCUUGGAAAUCAAUCAGUCAAAUCAUACAAAUGUUGCUUUGAUUCUUUGAUUCAAAAAAGUGUUCACUAAUAAAGUAGCAAUAUUCAAUUUUGAGUGACACAGAAUGAACAGUAGUUUAUGUGUCACAUCAGGUUUCCAUAUUUGAGCUUUUUAUCUUCAAAAUGCAUUUUAGGAACAAACACCACAUUCACAACUUAUGCCCAUCAGAGCGUUUGUUCAGAGUGUUGUUGGUCCUCACAUUUUAACCCUGUUUUUCAUGACCCCUUUCUAUUUGCAUUACAUCACUUUAAAGCUAUAGUGCGUAGUUUCUGUUGCCCCAAUGAGGAAGUUUGAAGAAUGACAACAAAACUUUUCGGCACGUCCACAUGAUACAAGCCUUACGUGAUCGCGCAUGCGUCCCCAACCCUCCACCCCUCCACCCCUCCACCCCUCAGUCACUUGUAGCCAAGGAGGUAAGGGAGGAUUGAAAAACACGAUGGACUCUUCAGAAGAGGUAUUUAUCUUCACUUGAGUUUAUUUGUAAUAUAUAUUAAUAUCAAAAGGUUACGCAUUAAAGCUUCAAAAAGUGUGUGAAGGAAGGUAAUGUGUGUGAGGAAAUAUGUAGCAGAUUGUGAUGUUAUUUUAUUAAUUAAAGGAAACCUUCACAUUUCUCCCCACAUAACAAAUAUCAGAAUUUGCUGCUCAUUUCCUUCCAAUAUUAAUGAUCUGUAAUUGAUUUAGUUUUUUGGUAAAUAAUGGCCUUUGUGAAAUUUUACUGGACUUUGACUGACAUUUGACACAAUCCACAACUGUUUAAACAUGAUAUGAUACAAACUUGGCAAAAAGUCAGAUACAUUGCAACAUCCAGACUCUUGUACUCCAAUCAGGUGAAACAUGCAUAAUGCAAACAAUGCUUAUUUCCAUUUGUGUUGUCACUCUUAAUUUUGAUUCUGUGACGUCCUGUGCUCUAUGAGUAUUAGGAUCAAGGACUGUACACUCACCUUUAUGCACACAGAAGUUGACCGUAAUGUUUUCAGCAUGGGUGGGUCUGGUGCUGCUGACACUACUAUUUUUACAGUACUUCCAAGGUACCGGGGGAUUGACAUUAUACAUUAAAUGGAAACAUGGUCGCUGAUUUCUCAGGAGGACAAUUUAUGUUGUUGACUCAAUCACAACAUUUUGUGCUGAAUAGUUGAAUUCAGCUUUUCAUUUCAACUGAAAAAAUACAUGAGAAGCAAUCAAAAUCUGGGUUUCCAUGACACAACUGGACUAUGUAAAGGUGUGACCUUCAUCAUUGUAGCUGCAAUGGCAUGAUGUGUUUUCCCCCUCACUGUCUCCCCUGUGAGUCCAGAGGGUGGAUGGGAGGAUGCUGUUCAGUUCCACAUGACAGAUAAAAUGCUGCCACCCAGUGGAUAUAUUGAAAAAUGCAGCUAGAACAAAAGUUUUAAAUAAACAAGGGACAAAAAAUAAGACUUGAAGGGCCUUAAUCAUUAUUAGGAUAAUUUUUAUUAUUUAAUUUCAUACGUGAAUCAACAGGCUUAAAAGCAAUAGAGGCUUCUGACCCAGCAAUGAUUAUUCAGCUAACUUUUUCUCUUUAAAAUCUAUUAAACUACAUUAUGAGAACUGGUAUGCAGCUAAUGUCUUUAUCCAGUUCUACUGCUUUAAUGAGACAAAUCACAAAGAACAUACAAAAUAAAGUGUAUUUGUUCUCUGCAAUAUAUGAAUGAGGGAGUAUCAGGUAUGUAUUGCGUGUUUUACAGAGACAUGUUCUCUGUAUGUACAUGUGCAUGGAAACUGAACUGAUUCUCUGCUAUUUUUACCAGGCUGCAUGUGUCCAAAGGUUUUCAAUUUCUCCUCCAAACAGAUCUUAUCCAAGUGAUUAUUAGCCCCCAUGUACUGUAUAAUAUUUUGAAUUAACGUGCAGGUUUUUAGUGAAAUGACUGUACUGUAAUAUCAUUCACUUUGAUUAUGUUCCGUGUAUGAUUUAUCAAAUGUUUGGGAUUAAUGUAUGAGUAAUGUAUUUAUUUGAUCAUAAAUGAUGUGUUUUGGAGAACAUUUAUUUUCUGUGUGCAGACAACACAUUUACAAUAGCCCUUAGAUGCAUAAGUGUAAAAAAAACGACCCAGCUGAUCUAUUGUUGUUGUAGGAAUACUUUUGUGACAAAAAUACUUCCCCACUUUGGUCCAGACUGAAAUAUCUAAUAUACCAUAUCUAAUAAAACCACUGGACAGAUUGUCAAGAA